CCGUGACUUCGAAUCGCUUGACAAUAGGAUUGUUAAACAUUUUAAAAGGGGGGGAGUGAUCGUCUGCGUGCAUAACCGCACAUUUUUGUCCAAACAAGCAUAAUUGAUAUUUAAAUUUACGUUUUUUUUAGUUUUUUUUUUUUAGGUCUUUUGAGUUCUUGAAAGGGAACCGGCCGUGCAUGGGUCAACGUCGGCAGGUAAACCCAUCUCCUGACCAACCCACUGAGGCAGAAUGAGUUCUAAGGGGGGAGGAAGCACAGCUCUGACCCGACGAAACUACAGACUGGCCUCCGACACAGACAAGCCCAAAGUCACAGGUCUUGUGAAUGAGAAAUUACUGAGUGACUACCUACACCAUGUAUUUCCUGCCUCUCACCUUCCACGCCCCCCACUGGCUUCCCUCAGGAAACCUCUGGGCUUCCAGGACCUGGGUGCUCAUCUUGAGAGGCUGCUAACUGAGGGAGAGCCUACUGAGGACACCAGAGAUCAGCCAGUGGAUGGUUGUCUAGGUCCUCUGACCGUGGUCCUGGAUCACACCAGUGGCUUCGAGGGCCUCCUGUUCGUGGAUGAUGAUCUGCUGGGGGUCAUAGGUCAUAGCAAUUUCAGUUCCAUUAGAGCUACUACCUGUGUAUACAGAGGGAAAUGGGCGUACGAGGUGCUGAUCUCGUCACAGGGCCUGAUGCAGAUAGGAUGGUGCACUCUGAACUGCAGGUUCAACCAGGAGGAAGGUGUGGGUGACACUCCAGACUCGUACGCUUACGAUGGAAACCGAGUCAGGAAGUGGAACGUGACGACGACUAACUAUGGCAAGUCAUGGGCCGCUGGAGACAUAGUGAGCUGUUUGAUAGACCUUGACGAGGGAACCAUCACAUUCUGUCUGAAUGGCCAGUCACUGGGCACAGCGUUUAGUAAUAUUAAGAUGGGUCCGGGUGUGGCCUAUUUCCCUGCUAUCAGCCUGUCCUUUAAGGAGUCCGUGGCGUUCAACUUCGGCAGUCGUCCCCUCAGAUACCCCGUAGAGGGCUACCUGCCCCUCCAGAACCCUCCAACUGCAGACCUGCUCAGGGCUCACAAACUGCUAGGUUAUAUCAAGACAGUCCUGUCUACCACCUUAGACACACAGGAGGAGAAGGUGCUGGAGAAAGACAGUGCCUGCUGGAGCCUACAUGGAGAACCCACCACCCUAGUGACUCUGGCACACAUCUUUAACUACUUUGCCCCACUUAUGUGUAAGGUGUAUCUAGUAGAAGAUGUGCUGAUGAACUUCCUGCUGGGUAUUCUGGAGGGGGGUGGCUCAGUGGACGAACACCCUCUCAUCCAGCAGCUUCUGGACCUCUUCUGGCUUCUCAUGGAGGACUACGAGGUGAACGAGUGUCUGAAGCAGCUGAUGAUGUCACUGCUGAGGGCCUAUAGAUUCUCCCCCAUCAUCCCAGACUUGGGCUUCCAGAUUCACUACCUUCGUUUGACGACAGCUAUUCUGCGCCAUGAGAAGUCCAGGAAGUAUCUGCUCAGCAAUGUUCUGUUUGAUGUUUUGCGCUCAGUGGUGUUCUUCUACAUUAAGACUCCUCUCAGGGUGAAGGAGGCGGGACUAGAGGAACUCAUCCCCACCACCUGGUGGCCCACACGCUUCGACAAAGAGGGAAAGGAGUCUAAAGAUGAGAGUGCAGAGGAGAGGCUGAGGCGCCGGGCCUACGAGAGAGGCUGUCAGAGGCUUAAGAAGAGGAUCGAGGUGGUGGAGGAGUUGCAGGUUCAGAUCCUGAAGUUGAUGCUUAACAACAAGGACAAAGGAACGGGUGAAGCAUCGCGGUACAUAUUCCUGAAUAAGUUCAGGAAGUUUCUACAGGAGAACGCCAGCAACAGAGGGCACCCCACAGCGCUGUGUCCUCCAGAAUACAUGGUGUGUUUCCUGCAUCGGCUCAUCACGGCCGUAAGGAGCUACUGGGACGAAGGGAAGAUGAGGAACCCUGGCUGCGUCAGCAGCGACGAGGCCUAUGUUCCGCCUCAGCUCUUCUACAAUGGGAAGGUGGACUACUUUGACCUGCAGCGACUUGGAGGCCUUCUCUCUCAUCUGAAGAAAACCCUCAAAGAUGACCUGGCCUCCAAAGCCAACAUCCUCAUGGACCCAGCUGAGAUCCAGGCUACCUCUAUGGAUGAUUUGGAUGAGGAGGAGGAGAGUGGCUCAGCUCAGAGGCCGUUUGGAGCGGUGGCUAUGGGUGGUGCCCUGGCCAGACCCAGCUGGCUCAGUUCUCCCACUCUGGGCCGAGCCAAUCGUUUCCUGAGUACUGCUGCCGUCAGCCUCAUGACUCCCAGGCGACCCCUGGCACCCCCGGAGAAAGUUAAAGUUCGCACCCUGGCCGUGGAGCAGAGGACGGAGGAGGACAUCGAGGGAAGCCAUGGUAACGACGGCCUGUUGCUGGGGCGACCGUUGGAAGAGCCCGACCAUCCAAUCACAGAGAAGUCCCUGCUGGAGAUUUUGGAUGGGAUUGUGAUGAUGUACAACCUGAGUGUUCAUCAACAGCUGGGCAAGAUGGUGGUGGUGUCAGAUGACGUCCAUGAAUACGCUGUGGCUCUGAAGGACACAGAGGAGAAGAUAGCACGCUGCCCAGCAAGAAGACCAGACAUCUUGGAGGAGCUGCAGAAGAGCCAGAAGGUAUUCGCUGAGAAGCUGAAUCACCUGAGUAGGAGACUGGCCUGGAUCAACGCUACCAUCUACUGUAAGGAUAAGAUGCUGGAUGUGUACUGGCUACUGAGGGUGUGUAUACUCACCAUCCAGCACGCUGACAACACAGGAACGUUGUUCGCCUUCGCCCCAGAGUUCUACCUCAACGUGGCCAUGAACAGCUAUAGCUCUCUGAAGAACUACUUCAGCCCCUCCAACUGCAUGGACCAACUGCCAGGCUACGAGGACACCCUCACUCAACUCGCUGCUAUCCUCGCUAAGCAUUUUGCAGACCCGCGCAUCGUUGGAACAGACAUCAAAGACUCCCUCAUGCAGGCUCUGGCCAGUUACGUGUGUUACCCACAAUCCCUCAGAGCCGUGGAGAGGAUCCCAGAGGAACAACGUGUGUCCAUGAUGAGAAACCUGCUGGCCCCGUAUGAACAGAGGCCUUGGGCUCAGACUAACUGGAUCCUGGUGCGACUGUGGAGGGGUUGUGGGUUUGGGUACAGGUACACACGGCUGCCUCAUCUGCUCAAAACCAAACCAGAGGAUACCAACCUUCCCAGUCUGCAGAGAGAUUUAUCCAUCGCUAGUUUCCAAAAGCCGUGCCCGUCCCUCCUGCUGCAGAGACACAUGGCGGAGCUGCUCUCUCUGGAUAAAGACAUGGCCGCCUCCUUCCUCAAUUCUGUUCUCAACCAGCUCAACUGGGCCUUUUCAGAGUUUAUAGGCAUGAUCCAGGAGAUUCAGCAGGCAGCUGAACGUCCUGAGCGUAACUUUGUGGACACAAGGCAGCUGAAGGUGUGCGCUACGUGUUUCGACCUUUCCGUCAGCCUUCUGCGGGUCCUAGAGAUGACGGUCACCCUGGUCCCGCAGAUCUUCCUCGACUGGACACGCCCCUCCGCUGAACUGCUGCUCAGACGAUUGGCUCAGCUUCUGAACCAGGUGUUAAACAGAGUGACCGCAGAGAGGAACCUCUUCGACCGUGUGGUCAACCUCCGUCUCCCAGGCCUAGAGAGCGUUGACCACUAUCCCAUCCUAGUGGCUGUGACAGGAAUUCUGGUGAGGAUCCUGGUGGACUGUGAGAGACAGGGGGUGUCGCGUGCGGCCUCGGUGCUGUUGUCUGAUCCGUGCUUUCAGCUGCACUCCAUCCAGCACCUCCUGGGGGAAGGAGAGACCUCUCCGGCUACAGCAGUGCUCCCCCAAACCCCCGCAGUACACCCAGGAGACCCUGCUGCAGCACCCGCAGAGCGGAAACACUUCUCCCUACACGCCUAUACAGACUACAUCCACGAGGAGGAAGAGCAGAAGGUGGAACAGAUGUUAGCCUUCCUGACUAUAGAGUCAAAGCAGGCCGCCGCCAGUACAGCACCCACCAGUGAGGAAGACCUGUGUCCUAUCUGCUAUGCACACUCCAUCUCUGCUGUCUUCAAACCCUGUUCUCACAAGUCCUGCAAAGCCUGUAUAAAUCAGCACCUGAUGAACAACAAGGACUGUUUCUUCUGCAAGGCCACCAUCACUGGAGUGGAGGACUACAGCAAGAAGCCUACUGCAUCUUAACACCACACACACACACACACACACACGGCUCGGACACCAUCACUGGAGUGGAGGACUACAGCAAGAAGCCUACUGCAUCUUAACACCACACACACACACACGGCUCGGACACCAUCACUGGAGUGGAGGACUACAGCAAGAAGCCUACUGCAUCUUAACACCACACACACACACGGCUCGGACAACAGAAACCACAUUGAACACACACCUGAGAGACCCCUGGUGCAAUCUCUCACACAGAGCAUACAGGUACACACACACACACACACACACACUCACACACACUACCACUCACUUUGCCCCCUGACAGCUUAGAAACUCUCCAUAUUGAUCACCAGGCCAGAAAACAGGAACAGUCACUUCUACUCCACAAGCCGUGUUAAUCCGACAGCUCCCCAGAUAACUCCCAUGUCUCUCCCCCUCUCUCCCCUCCCUUCACCUGUUAAAUGAUUCCCAUGUCUCCCCCCCUCUCUCCCCCUUCACCUGUUAAAUGAUUCCCAUGUCU